AUGGCCGGAGAUGGCGGCGCUCUGAAGGAGAUCAAUGAGAUCAAGUCGCAGUUCCGCACCAGGGAGGGCUUCUACAAGCUGCUCACCCUCUCCGACUCGCAGCAGCGCGGCGGCCUCCCGCGGGGUCCGUCCUCCGCCGCCGCCGCCGGAGCCACGCUGGGCCCCGCAGGUGGACCGGGUCCCAUACCCGGAGGAGGGGUAGGUCUGCUGCAGGGGCCCGGAGCUGCCUCCUCCAAUGCCGCAGCCAACUCCUCUCCGGCGGGCUUCCUGCCUCCCGUCCGGGUCUCCAUGGUGAAGCUCCAGCCGGAGGACCCGGGCGAGGAGUCCGAGCGGGUGUGCUUCAACAUCGGCCGAGAGUUGUACUUCUACACGUACACCAACAUCAAGAAGGCGGUGGACCUCAGUAAGCCCAUAGACAAGAGGAUCUACAAGGGGACCCAGCCCACCUGCCACGACUUCAACCAGUACUCGGCCACGGCGGAGAGUGUUGCGCUAAUAGUGGGCUUCUCUGCAGGGCAGGUCCAGUACCUGGACCCCAUUAAGAAGGAGACCAGUAAACUCUUCAACGAGGAGAGGUUGAUAGACAAGUCCAAGGUGACGUGUCUGAAAUGGCUCCCCAAGUCGGAGAACCUGUUCCUGGCCUCCCACGCCAGUGGCCACCUCUACCUCUACAACGUGGACCACCCCUGUGGGACAGCAGCCCCGCAGUACUCCCUGCUGCGCCAGGGCGAAGGUUUCGCCGUCUACGCCUGCAAAACCAAGACGCCUCGCAACCCGCUGCUCCGCUGGGCUGUGGGCGAGGGCGGCCUCAAUGAGUUCGCCUUCUCCCCGGACGGCGUGCACGUGGCGUGCGUGGGCCAGGACGGCUGCCUGCGUGUCUUCCACUUCGACUCCAUGGAGCUGCAGGGCGUGAUGAAGAGCUACUUCGGUGGGCUGCUCUGUGUGUCCUGGAGCCCCGAUGGGAAGUACCUAGCCACGGGUGGUGAAGAUGACCUGGUUACCGUGUGGUCAUUUGCCGAGAGCCGCGUGGUGGCCCGGGGUCACGGCCACAAGUCCUGGGUCAACGUGGUGGCCUUUGACCCGUUCACCACCUCCCUGGAGGAUGAGGAGCCCAUGGAGCUGAGUGGCAGCGAGGAGGACCUCCACCAGGGGGCAGUCCCACCCUCCAUGCAUUUUGGUCGGGUCCGGACCAGCAGCACAUUGUCCCGCCUCUCCCGCCACAGUUCCAAGGGAGGUGGGUCGCCGUCAGUCACGUACCGGUUCGGCUCAGUCGGCCAGGACACCCAGUUCUGCCUGUGGGACCUGACGGAUGACGUGCUAUAUCCCCGCCUGCCGCUGUCGCGGGCCCUCACCAACACCUUCGGGCCCUCGUUGUCCAACUCUGGCAGUGGGGGGGUCAACAGCGGCGCCACAGGGGGAGGCACAGGAGGAGUGGAGGGCCACCACCACCCGCCCAACGCCACCUCCAAUGCUGCCACGCUCCCCCUGCCCCUCCCUCGCUCACUGUCGCGCUCCAACUCCUUGCCCCACCCGGCAGUGGCCAAUGCCUCCAAGGGCCAGGGGGCGUCAGAGGGGGGAGGUGGCGGUGGCGGGGGCGGAGGAGGGAGCAGUGGUGGGGGAGGAGGGGGGAGCAGCGGGGGAGGCAACAGCACCCCCUUCAGCAUCGGCCGCUUCGCCACCCUGUCGCUUCAGGAGCGCAAGUCGGACAAGUCCGGUGGCGGAGGUGGCGGAGGCGGUGGAGUAGAGAAGGAGCACAAGCGGUACCACAGCCUGGGCAACAUAAGCAAGAGCAACGACAAGAUCAAUGUGGCACCGCGCAGCAGCCGGCUGGACGCCGCCAAGGUCCUGGGCACCACGCUGUGCCCGCGCAUGCAUGAGGUGCCGCUGCUGGAGCCUCUGGUGUGCAAGAAGAUCGCGCACGAGAGGCUGACCGUCCUCGUCUUCAUGGACGACUGCAUCAUCACAGCCUGCCAGGAGGGGCUCAUCUGCACCUGGGCUCGGCCGGGGAAGGCGAACUUGACAGCACAGAACGGGAAUUCUCCGAGCGGUACAGUGGUAUAGCUGCAGGAGAAUCUUUGCAUACCACCACCCCACCCACCCAUCCACCACCUCCGAUGACCCCCCCCCCAUACUACCUCUGCCGCCGCCGCCACCAACUCCCCCAUACUACUCCUGCGCACCACCUUCUCUGAAAAACCUUUAAACCGAGGGGCCAACAACCAAGUGACACCCUACCUACCGUCGCAGUAUUGGACCACUGAAGGAGCUCA